ACGUAUAACGUUUUCCCAUUUUGCGUCUACACUUAUUUAAAUGCCCGUGAACUCUGACAAGUCGCUUGUUCCCGGGCGUUUUCUUUAACACCAGGUUGUGCGAACGGGUUGCCCUUCUACAGCGACGUCAAGAGAAGCCGGAAAGAAAAUGAGCACGAUGACCGAGCAGCCGUGCUACACCCUGAUAAACAUUCCGACCGAUACGGAGCCCUUGAACGAGCUCCAGCUGAAGCAGGACCUCGAGAAGGGCGAUGUCACCACGAAGAUCGAGGCUCUGAAGAAGACGAUUCACAUGAUCCUGGGCGGCGAGAGACUACCCGGACUGCUGAUGACGAUCAUCCGGUUCGUGUUGCCCCAUCAGGAUCAUACGAUUAAGAAGCUGCUGCUGAUAUUCUGGGAGAUCGUGCCGAAGACCUCGGCCGAUGGCAAACUCCUGCAGGAGAUGAUUCUGGUGUGCGAUGCCUACAGAAAGGACUUGCAGCAUCCGAAUGAGUUUGUCAGAGGAUCCACUCUCAGAUUCUUGUGCAAACUGAAGGAACCAGAACUGCUGGAACCACUGAUGCCGGCGAUAACAGGAUGUCUGGAGCACAGACACUCCUACGUCAGGCGCAACGCGGUACUCGCCAUCUUCACCAUUUAUAGAAACUUCGAAUUCCUCAUACCCGACGCUCCAGAAUUGAUAGCUAAGUAUCUGGAGGGAGAACAGGACAUGUCGUGCAGGAGAAACGCGUUUCUAAUGUUGCUGCAUGCCGAUCAGAGCAGAGCGCUCGCUUACUUGGCAGCGUGUCUCGAUCAAGUGCCCAGCUUCGGUGACAUUUUACAGCUGGUUAUCGUUGAGUUGAUAUAUAAGGUUUGUCUCGCGAAUCCGUCGGAAAGGGCGCGCUUCAUCAGAUGUAUCUACAGUUUACUGAAUUCGCCCAGUGCUGCGGUGCGUUACGAAGCGGCCGGCACGCUGGUGACACUUUCCAGCGCGCCAACCGCGAUCAAAGCCGCGGCUUCCUGCUACAUCGAGCUGGUGGUCAAAGAGAGCGACAACAAUGUCAAACUCAUCGUGCUCGAUCGGCUGAUCGCGAUGAAGGACAGUCCUGCGUACGAGAGGGUAUUACAGGACCUCGUGAUGGAUAUACUUCGCGUUUUAGGAUCACCGGCCCUGGAAGUCCGGACGAAAACCUUGGCACUCGCCAUGGAUCUGGUGACGACUCGUACGAUCGAGGAGAUGGUGCAGUUGUUGAAGAAGGAGGUCCUCAGGACAGCCGGCGGCGAGCACGAGGAUGCCGGCAGGUACCGUCAGCUCUUGGUGCGAACGCUCCACGCUUGUUCCAUGAAGUUCUCGGAUGUCGCUGCCACCGUCAUCCCGGUGCUGACGGAUUUCCUGUCGGAGAGCAACGAGGCCGCCGCCACGGACGUGCUCGUGUUCGUUCGCGAGGCGAUUCAGAGAUUCGAGAAUCUCAGACCGCUGAUCGUCGAGAAGCUCUUGGAGGUGUUUCCUCACAUACGGUCCGUGAAGGUGCACAGAGCUGCACUCUGGAUCCUCGGCGAGUACGCCACGUCCAAGGAGGACAUAGAGGCUGUAAUGGGCCGUGUGCGCGCCGCUCUGGGCGAACUGCCGUUGCUCGAGACGGAGAACAAGCGUCAAGCCGGCGAGAAGUCCACCGAGGACGGGAACUCGCAAGCCGCGCCUACGCAAUUAGUGACGUCCGACGGAACGUACGCCACUCAGAGUGCUUUCAGCGCUACGUCCGCGCGCAAGAAGGAGGAGAAGCGGCCGGCAUUGGUGCAAUACAUGAUGGAGGGUGACUUCUUUAUCGGCGCGUCCUUGGCCACCACCCUGGCGAAACUGGCUCUCCGCUACAAGACAUUGGAGGACAACAUUCAGAAGAGCAAUCGAUUGCAGGCGGAGGCGAUGUUCGUGAUGUCCAGCGUGUUGCAGCUGGGCCGUUCGGGUCUUCCCAUGAAAGCGAUGACGCACGACGACGCGGAGAGGAUCUCCUUGUGCCUCAGAUCCCUCGCUUGCCCGACACCUCUCGUACAAAAGGUCUUCACGGAGGGAUGCCGCGACGCUCUCGGCAGAAUGCUGGCCGCGAAAGCGGAGGAGGACUCGCAGAAUCAAAAGGCCAAGGAGAAGCCGGGCAGUAUCGUGCAGGUGGACGACGCGAUACAGUUCCUGCAGUUGAGCCGGGGCUCCGAUUUGGCCGGUGGCGCCGGCGAUGUGUUCGAGCAGAGUCUGAGCGCGGCCGUGGCCGGUCGGCCCUGCGCCAGCGGGGACGUCCCGGCGCCGAGCGUCCUGAGCAAGGUCGCUCAGCUCACCGGCUUCUCGGACCCGGUGUACGCAGAGGCGCUGGUGCACGUAAAUCAGUACGACAUCGUGCUCGACGUUCUGAUAGUCAAUCAAACGGAGGACACCCUGCAGAACUGCACCCUGGAAUUGGCCACUAUGGGCGACCUGAAGCUGGUGGAGAGACCGCAGCCCAUCGUGCUCGCGCCGAGGGACUUCGCCAGCAUCAAGGCGAACGUGAAGGUCGCGUCCACGGAGAACGGCAUCAUAUUCGGCAAUAUCGUCUACGAUGUAUCGGGCGCGGGCUCCGACAGAAGCGUCGUCGUUCUCAACGACAUACACAUCGACAUCAUGGAUUACAUAGUGCCGGCGACGUGCACCGACGCGGAAUUCCGUCAGAUGUGGGCCGAGUUCGAGUGGGAGAACAAAGUGUCGGUCCACACGACGUUGUCCGAUCUGAGGGAGUACCUGGCGCAUCUGCUGAAGUCGACGAAUAUGCGCUGCCUCACGCCGGAAAAGGCUCUCUCGGGACAAUGCGGAUUCAUGGCGGCGAAUAUGUACGCCAAGUCGAUAUUCGGCGAAGACGCGUUGGCGAAUCUGUCGAUCGAGAAGCCGCUGAACAGGCAGAACGUUCCGGUGGUCGGCCACAUCCGUAUCAGGGCCAAGAGCCAAGGUAUGGCGCUGUCGCUGGGCGACAAGAUCAACUCGGCGCAGAAGGAGCCGCAGAAUAAAGUGGUGCAGACGGCCUGAAUCGCGUCCUCCCGGCCGAAGCUCGCUCUGCACUCGCUGUGCGCAAUAUUCAAGUACUCGAUGCGCGACUGACAUCCUCGCGGGACACCUUCGCAGGCGGUUGCUGAGAGAGAUUCUCACACGUCUGUGUCCCGACGCGUCCGGGGAAUCAGUGUAUUAUUCGCGACGUACCAUACAACCCGCCACGUCGCAGCCACGUUUGACAGACGCGUUUAUUAUAAUUUAUACCAUGUUAUUGUAUUACACACUUCUGCCCUCCUCUUUCUUUCCGACGACGCUGUUCUCGUAAUCAUGCGAUCGAUACCGCCGCACGAGAGGGCACGAUGUAUCUGUAGACGAGGAAACAAAUAUACACGAUACUUUUGUCUAUGUAAGCCUCGCUCGUUUCUUUCUCUUUAAAUACGAUUGCAUUAGAACGCAGUGUCUUUGUAUCGUUCUGAAUAAAAUAGUUUCCAACCGGGA